AUGAAUAAACUUCGAAGUUUUUUGCGAUCUCCGAAGGAGAAGCGGCCAGACGCUGACGGCCUCGAGACGCAGGUUCGCCAGGCUUCUGCUGCUGCUGUUGCUGCUGCUGCUGCUGCUGCUGCUGCAGCGGCUCAGCACGCAGACGACGCCCCAGCUGCAGCAGCAGCAGCAGCAAAACAGACAGACGCUCCGCCUGAAGCAGCAGCAGCAGCUGACCAGACAGAUAACAAGCCUGCUGCUGCAGACUCCCAUGCAGUAGCCGAUGGAGCAGCAGCAGCUGCUGCAGCACCAGCAGCAGCAGCAGAUGCAGCACCAGCAGCAGCAGCAGAUGCAGCAGAUUCAUCCUCAGCAGCAGCAGAAGCAGACGGGCGCAGCGAGGCUGAUGGAAAUCAGCGCGACGGCGCUGCUGCUGUAGUCACAGCUGGUGCUGCUGCUGCAGUGAAACCAGCAAAUGCUGCUGCUGCAGUGAAGCCAGCAAAUGCUGCUGCUGCUGCUGCUGCUGCUGCUGCAGGCCCCUCUUGUUUGCGCAGCAGCUCUUCUGAGGGCUUCGGGGUGUCUCGACAGCUGUCGCGGAGUGUGGGGUUUGCAAGACAGGACAGCGCAGUACAAACAGCAGCAGCAGCAGCAGCAGCAGCAGCGACAGCAGCCGCAGGGGCAGGUCCCACCGCAGCAGCAGCAGCAGGAGCGGCAGCGACAGCAGCAGCAGCAGCAGCAGCGCCAGCAACAGCAGCGUCACAAGACGCAGCAGCAGCAGGGGCUUUGCGCAAAGGGCCCCCAUCGGAAGCAGCUGGGCCUGCAGCAGCCCCUGCAGCAGCAGCAGCCCCUGCAGCAGCAGCAGCAGCACCUGCAGCAGCAGCAGCAGCAGCAGCAGCAGACUAUUCAAGGGGGUUUUCUUCUCGGCGUUUGGAGUCUCGGUUUUCUGUUGCUGCUGAGAAGCAGUUCAUAAGUCGGGGUGUACAGACAGCGUGCCCGUCGAGCUUCGCGAGCAGCAGCAGCAGCAGCAGCAGCAGCAGCAGCAGCAGCAGCAGCAGCAGCUGCUGCCCCCGACACUUCCCCUUUCGCCCCUUUUCGCACUUGGCCCCUUUUGAAAGAUUUGCAAUUCCAAAAGACAGCUUCACGGACUACUGCGGCAGAGGCAAACUAGUUGGUGGAAGGCUCUGA